CUGGCGAGGCUAACAGAGAGCUAACCGUGAGAGCGGAGCAGUUACCUAGCGUCUGUCCGGUGAAACAUGAGUUAUUUACCGGAUUCAGUCCGAUGAGUGUACCGCCGGCAGACAGCGGGGCAGUUUGGACGUUAGUACCGGAUGGAUUUGAACACAGAAAGCCGCUCUCCCAGAGAGGAGGGCGAGCUGGAAGACGGGGAGAUCUGCGAUGAUGAAACCGAGGAGAGCGUCCCUCUCCGGCGGGGGGAGGGUAGCAGGCCGGGCCGCGGUGCUCAUCCGCGGGCACGGAAACCUCACCAACACCCGCAUAACAUGCUGCCGCACCUGGGCCACCAGCCGCCAGACUUCCGCCACAUGAUGCCAUACAACCGUGGGCCUCACGGGCCCCACGGGCCCCACGGACUCCACGGGCACGGCCCGUUCCCCCCGAGCCACCGGCAGCAGUGCGGGCCGAGCGGGCCCGACCGGCCUCCCGCCGCCCCGGCCCCGCCGCCGCCUCCGCUGCUGCUGCCGCCGGUGCUCGGGCCUCACGGCGAGCCCAGCCCGAGGACCAGCUUCUGGGAGCGGAGCCACGACGCCCUGGGCCGCUUCAGGCACCGGGCAAUGCCAAACGGCGGGCGCGGGGGCUGGAACCGAGGCGGCCGGGGCGGUGGGACCGGCAGAGGUCCCCCCGGCCGGUACGGGCCCGGAGAGAGUCACGGUAAUAAGAAGGACUCCCCCUCGAGGAAACAGAAGCAGCCGGGCCGGGUGGCCGCAGCGAGAAAACCACCUCACAGUGUUUGCAGAGAACCAGACAGUGUUGAUGAGUCCUUCGAGGACCUUCUGUCCAAAUACAAACAGAUCCAGCAGGAGCUCGAGUGCAUCAGGAAAGAGGAGACCAGGGCUCUGGAGCCCAAAGACCAUACUGCCAGUAUUACAGAGACCACACCAGUACCAGGGCCAGUAUCAGGACCUGAGCCGGUCCGUGACCCGGCUCAGGAUCCUGACCCGGCUCAGGGUCCAGCUGCAGCAGAGGAACAGUCAGAGCAGGAGAAGAAUGAGAAGAAAGUGUUUCAGGCAUUCAACAUUAAGCCGCUCCGUCAGAAGCUUCCUGCUCCCAUCAGCCUGGACGAGCCACAGGAGAAGGGGGCGGAGCCGCAGGAGGGAGGAGACGCCGCCGUAUGUGACGCGGACCACGAGGGUAAAGAAGAUCAAGAAGAAGAACAGAAGACGACAGCAGACGCAGCAGAACCAGAACAAACAGCUGAAGACGAGUCUGAGGAUGUAAAGAAGAAGACGACGAAGAAGAAGACGACGUGCGUCUGCUGCAGCGAGGAAUCCGACAAAGAAGAAAAAACUCAACACAAAUGUUCGGCUCACAGAGAGUCAUCGGGCUCCAGCGACGAGUCGGUCAUCCUCAUCGACCAGUCGGUGGUGAAGGUGGUGGAGGAGGAGGAGCUAUCAGAGCUGCAGCUCCGCCUCCUGGCCCUGCAGUCAGCCAGUAAGAAGUGGCAGCAGAAGGAGCAGCAGGUGAUGAAGAAGAGCAAAGACCGGAUCACUAAGGGGGUCCAGGACAAGACCGCCACCACCCCUGCUCUGCCCAGCAGGCAGAGAGUCACCACCAGGGCCGCUGCAGCCGCCGCCGCUGCUGCAGAGAGGAGCAGAACCAGGUCUAAGCCUCUGGAACGGGACCGGGACAGAAUCAAGACCGGGCCCAGACCUGCAGACAGAGACCGGGACAGACUCCCAGAGAGGGACAGACCAAAAGCCGGUCCUAAAGUCAGUCCCAAAGCGCCGCCGGACCGAGGACGGGCUGCGGGCAAAGGUCACAUGACCAAGAAGAUGAUCAGCCCAGGCUCGGCGGCGAAGCAGGCCUUCAGGAAGCAGCAGCUGAGGACGUGGAAGCUGCAGCAGCAGAGAGAGCAGGAGGAGAAACGGAGACAGGAGGAGGACGAACGCCGCAAACGAGAGGACGAGAUCCGACAAAUCCGAGACCUGUCCAAUCAGGACGAGCAGUACAACCGCUUCAUGAAGCUGGUGGGAGGGAGGACGAGGACGCGCAGCAAGUCCACAGAUCGAGAACACAGGAAGUCGGCAGGUAAACAGGGACUGGACUCCUCGGGGAACCUCUACCAGUAUGACAACUACGACGAGGUGGCGAUGGACACGGACAGUGAGACGGGUUCUCCAGUGGCAUCACCGACUCACAGCCAGCUUUCUGCAGAGCUUCCAGGAGGCUUCACUCUGUCUCUGUACACCAACGACUGCACGCCGUUUGGACCGGACUUCCCUCAGCCCUUCCUCCCCCCGCUGCUGUCUGGAGGUCCUCCCCCGCCUCCCCCUCUCCCCCCUCCACCAGAUGACCUGGAGCCUCCUCCCAAACCUCCCUUUGCUGAUGAGGAGGAGGAGGAGGAGAUGCUGCUCCGGGAGACCUGUCUGAUGUCCAUGGUCAACAAGAGGGUCACUGCCACAGAGGAGAAGAGCUCCAGUGCUCCGGCGUCUCCGGACUGUCCGCCGGCCGCAGCGGUUCAGCAGCCAACCAGAGGCAACCUGAGCACCGUCAGCCUGAACACCGUCAGCCAAUCACGAAGCAACAAGUUCACCAGAGGACACCACGCUGCCAGAACGCCUCUGAUGCUGCCACGACACAAGUCAGUCGUUGUUUCUCUGAAUGAUUCAGACGACAGCGACUCUGACCUGGACGCCUGCAGCUCCACUCAGAGCGCGUUUGGAGGUCUCGAGUUCAUGAUCAAGGAGGCCCGGAGGACCGUGGAGGCAGCAAAGCCAAAAGCAGCAUCGGGUUCUGAGAAGGAGAACAACCCGGUCAGAACCCCGGAGGCAUUACCUGAAGCUAAACGGGUGGAAUACCGCCUGCUGAAGGAGGAGAUUGCCAGCAGGGAGAAGCAGAAGAUGCUGAAGGACCACAGUCUGAGUCCUCGGACCUCCUCCUCCCCUGCCGUCUCUGUCUCCGACUCCAAUCCAUCAGGGACAGCUGCCGCAGAGCUCAGACUGUCUGAGGCAGAACAGAGACUCAACAAGCACAGGGAGCUGUUGCAGAGGGACGAGGCUGUCCUCAGACAGCUGCUGCAGCAGGAGCUGAGGAAGAGAGAGUCUCUGAAGGCCGCCGAGGCCAAAGUGUCUAAACUGAGGGAGCAGCUGCAGGCAUCCGAAAAGAUUGUGGGCGCCAACAGGACGCUGCUGAAGAAGCUGCAGGAGCAGGUGCACCGUGUUGAGCACCGGGUGUCCAUAAAGAAGAGUCUGGAGGCGCGGUUGGAGCAGGAGCUGACUCAGGCUCAGCUGCUUCCUGUCAGAGGAUCUAAACGCAAAACAGACUCCAACCAGACUGUGCCCGGGAAGUUGCAGCGUGUGGACGGCACUCCUCGUGGGUCGGAGCGUCAGUUUGCGGAGCUGAUUGCUCAGAAGCAGCGUCUGCAGCAGCUGGAGUCAGAAUACGCUCUGAAGAUCCAAAAGCUGAAGGAGGCACAAGCGCUGCACAACAAAGGUGUCACGCCAUUAGAGCUGCCUCCUGAGCUGCCACCGGAGCUGCCGCCAUCAGCCUCCACACCUCCUGAGCCUCAGAACCAACACCCACCUCCCGCCGCCCCCUUCACCCUGUCCCAGCCCUCCCUGCACGACCUCACGCAGGACAAACUCACACUGGACAGCGAAGACGUCCCAGAGGCUGAAGACCACGAAGCAGAGCUGACAUCCAGCGCCACAGCGGCUCCUGUUAGAGGAACGCGACGGAACUCGCUGCGUCAGUCCAACAGCUCCUUCACCAAACCAAACCUGGAGCAGCCGAGCGCCACCCCGACUAAAGACAACGGCGGCAAACCUGCCAAGACGCCUGCCGGCUGCACGCUGCCCACAGAAGAGUCCUCCGGGCUGGACGUGGACGCUCUGCAGUUGAGGCACCUGCAGCAGCCGCGGCUGGGAGAGCUGCUGCAGAGGGAGCUGCAAAGACUGGGUGGACGUGUCCACAGUGUCCCCAUGGCACAGGUGGUCUCAGUGGAGCUGGACCCAGCCACGACCCAGUCAGGGAGCUCCGAGCUGAGGCCUGUCCCGUUUGGAUCCUAUCACAGCCCUCUGCUGGUCUUCAGGUCCUACAGAUUCAGUCCAUACUACAGGACGAAGGAGAAGUUAUCUCUGAGCUCCGUCACUUACAGCAACACCAUCAACCCAAAGACGUGUUUCUGUCGAUUCGACCUGACGGGGACCUGCAACGACGAUGACUGCAGAUGGCAGCACAUGAGGAACUGCACUCUGACUGGAAACCAGCUGUUCCAGGACAUCCUGUCCUACAAUCUGUCUCUGAUCAGCUGCUCUGAGAUCAGCUCGGACGAGGACGUCAGCGUGUCCACAGAAAAGUACAUGAAGAAGCUGUUCGGUCCCAACAAAGACCGGAUGGGCGUGGACCAGAAGGCCGUCCUCCUCGUCAGCAAAGUCAACGAGAGCAAGCGACACGUCCCUCCAUUCACCACCUGUAAAGACAUGAGGAGGUGGAAACCCAAGCCGGCAGGACAAAGCAGCAGCAGCCCCGCCGACGACAGCGAGGACGAGUCCGCAGCCGAAGACCUGACACCCAGGAGACACGAAGGCGUCUCCGGGGCCAGCCUGUCUGCUGUGGACGUCUGCGUCACGUCGGAGGACAAGCGUUAUUUUGUCAGCGAGACGGACGACAUAUCAAACUUGGAGUCCAGUGUCCUGGAGAGUCCUCGAGACACUCAGCUGUGGAUCAAGUUAGCCUUCAAAUACCUCAACCAAAACGAGACGUCUGCAGCAGAGUGUCUGGAGGCGGCGUUGAACACGUUGUCGCGUGCUCUGGAGAGUAACUGUGAUAACCCGGAGGUUUGGAGUCACUACCUGAUGCUGUUCUCACGGCGAGGCAGCAGGGAGGAGGUCCAGGAGAUGUGUGAGAUGGCAGUGGAGCACGCGCCCAACUACCAAGUGUGGUGGAAUUAUUUGAAGUUGGAGAGCUCAUUCGAGGGGAAGGACUAUGUGUGUGAGCGUCUGCUGCAGUUCCUGCUGUCUGAAGCAUCUCCUGAGGUCACAGACAGACUGUCCUUCCAGCUGAUGGAGGCUCUGCUCUACAGAGCCCACCUCAACCUGUUCACUGGACACAUGGAGAGCGCUCUGGCUAUGUUGCAGAACGCGCUGAAAUCCGCCCUCGACAGGAGCGUCGCUGAGCACCUGACUGCCGGCGACCGCGCUCUGCUCUGGCUCUCUUACAUCCACCUGACGGAGUUCGACCGGCUGCCGUCCAGCCUGUUCGACCCGGCCGAGUCCGGUCCGUCCAGACUGGUCAGCAGGGAGUCCUUCCUGCUGCCCUGGAGGACGCCGCAGGACGUCAGCACACCGCUGCCAAUCCUCAUCGCUCUCUUCCAGGAUGCCGUCCAUCAGUGCAGCGAUGAGUCUCUGUCUCAGAGUGAGAGGACACUGGCCUGCCUUCCUCUGCACACCAACCUCAUCUUCCUCUACAGGCUGCUGGACAGGUUUGAUGAGGGCGUGUCUCUGUGCGAGUCUCUGCUGGCGUCCUGUCCUGAGUCGUGCGUUCUGCGGGACGUUCUGGCCGACCUCCACAUCAGGCGGGGGGACGGCGACCAGGCAGUCAGCAUGUGGCUCCACGCUCUGGCAGAGUGUCCCAACAACGCCGAGGUCUUCUACCACUCGUGCACCUUCCUCAUGGCUCAGGACAAGACGAGCGCCAUCGCCCCGCUGUUCCGAGGCUUCAUCCUGUCGCUGUGUGAGGAGGAGCAGCAGAGUCAGAAGAAGCCGGUGGAUGUCCUGCGACACGUGCUUGGGUUCCCUACUGUGGAGCUGCUCAGAGGACCCAUCCUCAGGGAGCUGCAGGAGCAGCUCAGCCAGCAGACGCCCUACCUGCACCUCAUACAUUGUCGCUGGCAAUGGCUGCACGGCUCUGUGGACGACACGGUGGACGCCUUCGAGAGAGCGCUGGGAUCAGCCAUGAAGCUGGAGGAGCUCCACAAACUCUGGAUCGAUUACCUGGUCUUCAGCAGCAGACAGCAGUCCAAACUGUUCUCAGAUCUGGUCCAUCGCUGUCUCAGCACCGUCCCUUCUCGACUGGAGGUUCCUUUUAACCCAGCAGAGUUCUGGAGCUGCUACAGCUUCCACAACCAGGUGGUGAGUCUUUACCUGAGCUGUCUGCCACAGUCACAGCAUGCACUGGUUCUGGAGAGACUGAGAUACGCCAUGCCCAACAACACGGAGCUGGGCCUGAGGUUGCUGCAGCAGGAGUGGCAGGACGGGAACAUGGAACACCUGAGGUUCCAGGUGCGGAUGCUGAGCGGUCACGCUCCGAGGUGUCUGGCCUACUGGAAGAUAGCGAUAGCCGUGGAGAGCGAGCUAAAGGCGCCAUCUGAGGUUCGACUUCUGUAUCAACAGGCUCUAAACAACCUUCCACUGUGUGCUGCCCUUUGGAAACAUCGCCUGCUGUUUGAAGCUGCAGGAGGAGGUGGAGGAGGAGGAGGAGGAGGAGGAGCAGGUAGAUCAGACAGACUGAGGAGGCUGCUGGACAGGUGUCAGCAGGUGGGAGUGAGUCUCCAUCAGAAGAUGAGUGACGCUCACAGCCAAUCAGCUGCAGGACAGACUCAAACACAAUAAUAAACAGAUAGGUGGUUCAGAUCAGACGAGGUAAGACAGACGUCCCCCCCCCCGUCCCUCCUCCGGUGUCCCCUGUGACUGGAGCGUCUUAAGUCCGUCAUGUACGUAAGUAUGGAGCUGCUGAGUGACACCGUUUGUAUUUCUGAUUCAUGCCUCACUUUUCAUUUGAGUUAAUUUCCUCCCUUUUUGGUUUGGUUUUACCUGAGGGGGGGUCAGCGGGGGGUGGGGGGUGUCACUGUUCUGUUUGACCCCCAUGUGUGUCUUGAAGGAUGCCUUUUUCCUGUAGUGAUGCUGCAACAUCUGCACGUUGUCUUUUCUUUGUCUCCUGAGGAAACAAGACUUUUAUUUUGAUAGUGAUCAAACAAAAACAAAGCUACUUCCUCUUCUUCUCCAUUGGUGUGAGAGACUCACAGAGACACAGACUGAUGCACCAUGUUUUUCUUUUUGUCACAUGAUGAUUAAAGAGUAUCACAGAGGAGACGGCUGUUUUUUAUAUGUUCAUCUUUUCAAUGUUAUUAAAUUAUUUUAUAACC